CCCCUAGGCUUCAGCGCUGCCGGUGGGCGGAUGAGUAAUGCAUCCAGGAAGCCUGGAGGCCUGUGAUUUCCGCGCCAACCCCGCCCCUCGCGUGGACAUUUAUCCUCUCCUGCUCCAGCCCUGCCGCCAUCGCCGCGGAUCCAGUGCCUAGAGAGACACCAGAGAAUCCACCAUGGCCCCCUUUGUGCCUCUGGCUUCUGGCAUCCUGUUGUUGCUGUCACUGAUAGACCCCAGCAGGGCCUGCACCUGUGCCCCACCCCACCCUCAGACAGCCUUCUGCAACUCCAACUUUGUUAUAAGGGCCAAGUUCACGGGGAUCACAGAAGUCAACAUGACCACCUUUAACAAGCGUUAUGAGAUCAAAGUGACCAAGAUGUUCAAAGGGUUCGAUCCCUUGGGACAUGCCAACGACAUCCGGUUCCUCUACACCCCCGCCAUGGAGAGCCUCUGCGGGUACUACCACCGGUCCCAGAACCGCAGCGAAGAGUUUCUCAUCGCUGGACAACUGCAAGACGGGAACUUGCAUGUAUCCACCUGCAGUUUCCUGGUUCCCUGGCACAGUCUGACCUCCUCUCAACAAAAAGGCUUCACCAAGACCUACUCUGCUGGCUGUGGGUCGUGCACAGUGUUUGCUUGUUCAUCCAUCCCCUGCAAAUUGGAGAGUAACACUCAAUGCUUGUGGACAGACAUGCUCCUGAGUGGUACUGAGAAGGGCUUCCAGAGCCGUCACCUUGCCUGCCUGCCACGGGAAUCAGGGUUGUGCACCUGGCAAUCCCUGCGGACCAAGACAGACUGAAUAAAGCCUGCUCCUCAUGGAAACUGAAGCUUUCUCCCCUUCCCACUCUCCCCUUUUUUCCAAGAUGGUGAAAUAAAGAACUGUCUUUCAGCA